AUCCAGGCAGCAGCGCGGAUGACUCUGAACUUAACAAAAAACUUUGCUGAUCGAGGGGUUAGAGCAUCCGGAGAGAAACGUGAAUAAAGUAGCACGACUUUGCUGUUAAAUCACAGUAUGAGUCAGAUACAUAGUUUGUAGUGACGCGUGUACUGGUUUUAUGUUAAAAUAACUGCGGGUUGAAGAAGUGUAGACGGGACUAGCUUUCUCGGCGGAGUAGUACUAAUUGCACUACCGGUGCACAGUUCAAUGCUGAGCUCGAUCCAGGCACACAGUGCGCUAAAACUGCAGCGUUCAACUCCGGGAUGCUACUGUGUCACUAAUAAACAACUACUUUUUUUUUGCUAAACUAAACCUGUUCGCCAUCAUUUCUAGUUGGGUCGUGUGAAGAGCAGCUGUUCGUGUUGGGUUUAUUUUUUGUUUAUAUUUUUCUGGCACAAACGUCGGACUUCUCGACACAGUGGAAGGACUUUACUGAACUCAGAAAGAUGUCAAUUCUGCCUUUCACUCCCCCCAUUGUCAAAAGACUUCUGGGCUGGAAAAAGGGAGAGCAGAACGGUCAGGAGGAGAAAUGGUGUGAAAAAGCGGUGAAAAGUCUGGUGAAGAAGCUGAAGAAGACGGGACAACUGGACGAGCUGGAGAAAGCCAUCACCACCCAGAAUAUCAACACCAAAUGCAUCACUAUACCGAGGUCUCUGGAUGGCCGCCUGCAGGUUUCCCACAGAAAAGGUCUGCCCCACGUUAUUUACUGUCGUCUAUGGCGCUGGCCAGACCUGCAGUCCCACCAUGAGCUGCGGGCGGUGGAGUUGUGUGAGUACGCCUUCCACACGAAGAAGGACGAGGUGUGCGUCAACCCCUACCACUACCAGAGGGUAGAGACGCCAGUACUCCCUCCAGUGCUGGUGCCCAGACACACAGAAAUCCCCAGUGAGUUCCCGCCUCUGGAUGACUACAGCCACUCAAUCCCAGAAAACACCAACUUCCCCGCUGGCAUUGAGCCCCAGAGCAACUACAUACCAGAAACGCCACCACCAGGCUACCUCAGUGAGGAUGGAGAGACCAGCGAUCACCAGAUGACCCAUAGCAUGGACACAGGCUCCCCAAACCUGUCACCGAACCCUGUUUCACCCACACACAGCAACUUAGACCUUCAACCAGUGACAUACUGUGAGCCGGCUUUUUGGUGCUCUAUUUCCUACUACGAGUUGAACCAGCGGGUAGGAGAGACCUUCCACGCCUCACAGCCCUCGCUGACGGUGGACGGCUUCACAGAUCCCUCCAACUCAGAGCGUUUCUGCCUGGGCUUGUUGUCCAACGUCAACCGCAAUGCAGCUGUGGAGUUAACACGCAGACACAUCGGCCGCGGUGUGCGACUGUACUACAUCGGAGGAGAAGUGUUCGCCGAGUGUCUCAGUGACAGCGCUAUCUUUGUCCAGAGCCCCAAUUGUAACCAGCGCUACGGCUGGCACCCCGCCACCGUCUGCAAGAUCCCUCCAGGCUGCAACCUAAAGAUCUUCAACAACCAGGAGUUUGCUGCCCUUCUGGCCCAGUCAGUCAACCAAGGGUUUGAAGCUGUGUACCAACUCACCAGGAUGUGCACCAUCCGCAUGAGCUUCGUCAAGGGCUGGGGAGCCGAGUACAGGCGACAGACAGUGACCAGCACCCCCUGCUGGAUAGAGCUGCACCUGAACGGCCCCCUGCAGUGGCUCGACAAGGUGCUCACACAAAUGGGCUCCCCCAGCAUCCGCUGCUCCAGCGUCUCCUAGGGAAACCCUUCAUCCACCCACAUCCUGUACACCACAUCUUCUGUCAGUGACUAAAAACACAGACUGCACACAGACAACAACGGUUACACAAGUACAGAAAGAUGAUGAGCCCCCCCUCUUUCAGCCAAUCAUUAAACUAUUACUUUGUCCUUCCUCCCCACCAGCUUUCAGUAGCACUUUUUAUAUACAUGUUGUUUGUGGCAAAAGGGGACAAGUGCAUUAAUGCAGUACCAUGUUAGUAUGAUCUCCACUUAUCUUUGAUAUGUCUGGCAACCACAGUAAGUGCCAGAACGGCUGUAGCAAUGGGAGGAGGGUUUUUUCAAUUAAGAGAUUGUUAUUUUCUUCAUUAUUUUGUUAAAAAGAAAACUCAUGUUUCAUCAUUUUCAUGUUUUUUGUACACGUUCAAGUGAGCAAUGAAAUUUUUAAAAAAUGAAUUUAAUUUUUUAAGCAUUAAUAACAAUUUUGUAAAGCAUGUGUAAGAUCAUGUUAAAUACAUUUCACUUGACUUUGUUUCUGUAUUUGGGCAUUUGAUAGUUUAUGAAGACAUUUACAAAUGUGACCCAAUGAAAUGGAUUGAAAAUGCAUAAUUUCAUGAAAAAUGUUCAACCAGCCUUUUUAAACACUGUGUGAAGGAAUAUACUGUAAACCUAGUUAAUAAUACUGGUUUAGGGUUUUAUACUGUCAUCUUAAACCACCUUUGUUACAACAUGGUGUUUUACUGCAUGUUUUCUUUUAGAGGGAAACUAAUUAUAAAGAAAGGAGUCAGUUAGUCUUCAAAUUAAACUUUCUCCCCAUCUGAGAGCUGUAAACUGAGUUAACAGCAGCUGAGUCUCUUUCAGUUAUCGUAUGUUUUACAGCUUGUCAGCUCUUUGUAUAAUUACUAAAAUGAUCGGUGGUCAUUCCCCCUUUUUAAAUGUGCUCCGUCUUGUUGUAAUCAGUCCAGAUGUCCGGCCUGUCUGACACUGUUUAGACAGUAGAUUCAACUCACUGACGAGCCAUCUGAUGCGUCAGAGUAGAGCAGAAAAGAGUUACAAAUAUUAAAAGUCAUAUAUUAGUACUUAAAGACAGCGGCAUACAUCAAAUGCACUUUUGUUAAGUAAUAUUCUAGUGAUGUUGAGAAAGUAAAUUCAACCACAGUUAGUCUGCUACUCAGAAUGAAAUUUUCUCCUGCACAUGUACAGGAAAGCUUUGCAAAUUUGCAAAAUACUUUUGUCAACAUUGUAUUGUGUAACAGGUAGCAUAUACACAUCUCACGCUAUUCUGCACAUUUCCACAAAAUAACAAACUGAGGACACAACGUACAGAAGUUAGUAUACUUGUGUCUAAUAUGAGCACUCUGCCGAAGGCUUUGAAGUGGAAAGAGAGCAGGAAGAUAUCCGUGCUAUUUUAAUUUUCUCUCUCAGCAGCCCAUAACAUUGGUCUUUUUUCAGCCAUAAGUGAUAUCGACUUUUUUGCACACUCAGGACUGUAAAAAAAAACACACAACUGAAUUAUGUACAUAAUCCAGUGAAAAGGACAGAUGCAUGACUCUUGAGACUUUAAAGUGUAUUUUGCUACCAAUUAUUUUUGUAGGAAAAUAAGGUGAUAAUGUUUUUUGAUUUUUUUUUUUUUUUGUCGCUCCAAGUGUUUUUGCAUGACAAGACAGAAAUACUGCUGGCAGGUUUGUGGAUUAACAACCUUGUAUUUUUCUACCUGUGAAGACGAGGCAGUUUCAGUACAAAGCACAGCUUCUUACAAAGGGAAAUGUUUAGAUAGAUAGAGGCCUGUAGCUCCUCAGAAUCUCAUGUCCCUAUGUUUUUAGGUUAAUGUACAUGUAGUUUAUACAUGUGUUAUUAUGUGACCGUUAACCUUUAUAAUGUUGAUGGUUUUGCCAGCAGGAGAAGUAAAAAAAAUAAGGUGUGUUUAAAUAGGGGAAGAGCUAUUGCAGGAAUAGAGAAGCAGAGUCUUAGCUUUGGUCCCGUUUCCUUUCAGUCACCUGCUGUGGUGGAGGUGGUUCGAUUUCCUUCUGGCUCAAAAACACUAGAUAAUGACACAGUGGGUGAACAUGAACAACAUUUGAAUCCUUUCACAGUACUUAUUUACAUUAACCCAGUGUUUGAUGUUAAUGCCAGUCCAGUGGUGCUAAUAUUUAACAUUGUUGGGACUCAUGAGAACUGCAAAGCCAUGUAAAUUUCACUCUUAAAGCUGACAGGUUUUGAUGAUUCAAAUGAUGACGACUUUUAAACCGUCAAACUAUGAUGGAUUGUUUCAGAGACAGUAGCAUCUAUCAAUCUGAGACAACACAGCUCUGUGUAGAGCUUCUAGUGUUACCCAAUAGGGAUUUUUUUGCAAGCAAAUUUGUCAUUUUUAUACACUCUUCAAGUAAUAGUGCUUGUGUGUAUUUUUUUUUCUCCCCCCUUGUUUAAAUUGUUCACUGUAAUCGUUAUUAGUUGUGAUUUAUGCUUUUGUGCUCCAAAUUGGUCUCUUUAGAUGUCAUGUAUAAAAUUAUAUCCUUUAUUUUUCUUUGCCUAUAAAAAGUUGAUGUGAUGCUUUUUAUUUUUGUUUAUUAUUGUUGGUGUAUGAAUAAAAUAAUAAUAAUAAAAAAAGUGAUACUGGGCCCUCCAUGCCAAGUAAGAGGGAAACUGAUGCUGGGUAUAAUGAUACAUUUCAAACCACAUUUUAUUUCAGUUACUGCUCUGUUGUACAUCAAAGUUAUGGAAUAACAACAUUAGAAAUCACAAUUACAAAGUACUAACUUAAUUUUAUAGCUUGCCAAGUUUUGGUUGCAUGAAAUAUUCUUAGAUGCUCUUCUUACAUGCUCUGUCUGGAGACUUCUCAGGUUUUAGUCCUCUAUUUCCGUCUGUUGUUUGGGGAUUUCCUAGUCUGUGGCUGUCCUUUAGAAGCAGACAGAAACAGUAAUUACAGGCCCAAAGCAGACACUGUUGUUUCUCCACUUAUUGCUUCGUUACAAGCUAAUGCAGACCAUAACCAUCUCUGCUGUCACAGAGGCACAGCAGGGGUUUGAAUAUGAAGGCAGGCUUUGUUCUGAUGCCCUU